GGCGGCCGGAGGGGACCGGCCCGUGGCCUCCGUUGAAUCCGCCGCCAUCCUCCCGCCCCGCCGCCGCCAUGACGGAGCAGAUGACCCUGCGGGGCACCCUGAAGGGCCACAACGGCUGGGUGACCCAGAUCGCCACCACGCCGCAGUUCCCGGACAUGAUUCUCUCCGCGUCGCGCGACAAAACCAUCAUCAUGUGGAAGCUGACCCGUGACGAGACCAACUACGGGAUCCCGCAGCGAGCCCUGCGCGGUCACUCGCACUUCGUCAGCGACGUGGUCAUCUCCUCCGACGGGCAGUUUGCUCUCUCGGGCUCCUGGGACGGCACCCUGCGGCUCUGGGACCUCACCACCGGCACCACCACCCGUCGCUUCGUGGGCCACACCAAGGACGUCCUGAGCGUGGCCUUCUCCUCCGACAACCGCCAGAUCGUUUCGGGCUCCAGGGACAAGACCAUCAAGCUCUGGAACACCUUGGGUGUCUGCAAGUACACGGUGCAGGACGAGAGUCAUUCGGAGUGGGUGUCGUGCGUCCGUUUCUCCCCGAACAGCAGCAACCCCAUCAUCGUCUCCUGCGGCUGGGACAAGCUGGUGAAGGUUUGGAAUUUGGCUAACUGCAAGCUGAAGACUAACCACAUCGGGCACACGGGCUACCUGAACACGGUGACCGUCCCCGACGGCUCCCUCUGUGCCUCCGGUGGCAAGGACGGCCAGGCCAUGCUGUGGGACCUGAACGAAGGCAAACACCUCUACACCUUGGACGGAGGAGACAUCAUCAACGCCCUGUGCUUCAGCCCCAACCGCUACUGGCUGUGUGCUGCCACCGGACCCAGCAUCAAGAUCUGGGACCUGGAAGGCAAAAUCAUCGUGGACGAGCUGAAGCAGGAGGUGAUCAGCACCAGCAGCAAAGCCGAACCCCCCCAGUGCACUUCCCUGGCCUGGUCCGCAGACGGGCAGACCCUGUUUGCCGGCUACACAGAUAACCUCGUCCGGGUGUGGCAGGUCACCAUCGGGACCAGAUGAGGACGCGGGAGCGAGAAACCAUACAUUUUGUGUACAAAAACCAAUAAAAGAGCGCUCUAUCGA